AUAAAGGGCAAACUAGUAAAAAAGCUUAACUUCCUUGGUUUCUCUCAGUUUCAUUUUGAUUUUGGAUUGAUUUGAUUUUCAGAUCCAAUUCCAAAUUUCAAAGCAUUAAUUUCAGUUUUCCACAUCACAAAGCGCCAAAAAGGUCUUCGCUUAUUGUGUUUUGAUUUUUGAGUAUAUACGUAUAUACUCCUUAUCCCCCAGCUUAAACCCGAAGGCAGAGAACGGUCUUUGAUGAAGCGGCGUCAGCAAGUUUAAUAGAAUGGCGGAAGUUACGAGCAUGAACAACUGCUCCAAAGACGGCGGAGCCACCGAAGCUGUGACUAAUAACGGCUGUACUAUCAACGGUACCGGUAAGGAUAUGAUUAAAGUCACUGUAAAGAAAGCGAAUGUGAAAGAUCCGGAAAUUUUCAGUUGCUUGCUUCAACCGGCGAGUUCCGAUUCAGAUCUCGAUUCAAUCGGUGUUCGGCGAUUUCUACUCGCUCGCAAAGCUGAGUCCGGUGUUCAUCGCCGACUUGAUUGGAGAUGUAAUGGAAAAGGUUAUGUGGCCUAUCGAAAUUACAUUCGUAGGCCUAGAAACUGGGAAAAUUCACAAAUACCAAGCUAUCCAAGCACUCCUGGAAACAGUGGGCGAUGGAUGUUAACUUCAAGUCCACUCUCGCGUUUGUCCGAGGUGGAAAGCUGGAGCUCAAGCAAGGAUUUACGGAGUGGUGCUCUGGCUUCAAACCAUAGAACAAGUUUCAGCUCUAGCAUUAGUGAUAGUGAUCACCCACGUGGACAAGGAGUUGAACCUGCAUAUUCUUUUGUAGGAAUGCACUGCAUCUUUGAUCAGUGCAAAUCAGCUGUUACGGUUUUGAAGUUCGGGCACAUGAGUUCUGAUCUACUUGCAUAUGGGGCUUCAGAUGGGACUUUAACAGUUUGCAAUGUCUCUGACCCCCCUACAGUUAUCAAUCAAUUAAAAGGGCAUUCAAAAGAUGUCACAGAUUUUGACUUCUCUUCAAACAAUCAAUAUAUUGCAUCAUCAUCAGCAGAUAAGACUGUGCGAGUAUGGGAAUUAUCAAAAGGCCUUUGCAUACGAGUAAUAUAUGGAGUCUCUCCACAAUUGUGUAUUCGCUUUCAUCCUGUAAAUAACAACUUCCUUUCAGUUGGCAAUGCAAAUAAAGAGAUUACUGUGUUCAAUUUCAGCACGGGGAGAGUUAUUGCCAAAUCCAUCUUCGAUAGUGAGGUUACCUCAAUGGACCAUGAUCAUACGGGUCAUCUCAUUUUCUGUGGUGAUGCACAGGGAUGUAUAUACUCUGUAACUAUGGACUCCCACACAGGUGCGUUAUCCCGUUCUCAUCGUUAUAGAAGUAGCAGUAAACAGAAAUUUCCGAUCACAACCGUGCAGUACCGAAGUUUCUCGUUACUGGCUGGUGGCCCAGUGUUGCUGACAUGCACUAAAGAUGGAAGUCUUUCUUUCUUUAGUGUUGCUUUGGAAGUAGAAGGUUAUUUGACCCUGCGUUGCUCACUUAAAUUAACUCCGAGAAUACACAGUAUUCGAGCAUCCUUCUGCCCUCUGCUUUCCCUCAAUAAGGGAGAAUAUAUAGUUGCUGGGAGCGAGGAUUCAAAUGUCUAUUUCUAUGAUUUAACUCGACCGAAACAUACAUGUGUAAAUAAGCUGCAGGGUCAUCGUUUUCCGGUUUUAGUAGUAGCUUGGAAUCACGGGGAGAACUUUUUGGCUUCAGCAGACCUGUACGGCGUCGUUAUAGUAUGGAAGAGAGCAAAAACAAGUUAUAAAGGCAAUAUAUAAACAUUAUACAACGAUAUAAGGUAAAAAAAACUCUCAAACACAUACAUCAUAUAGAUGCAUUAAAUUGAACAAGGAAAAUCGGCUUUAUUCGCUCAGUUUGAUCAUUCUUUGUUUAUUUCAUUUGAGUAUUGAAUUGUUCCUAUGUUUCAUUGUCUGCCAUUGAUGAGUAAGCCGUGUGAUCAUUGUUCGACUCAAAUUUUUAGUUCAUUAUAUUUUUCUUUUAAUUACAUGUUGAGGAAAUUUAGGGGGGAGAAAGGCCCAAUUGCUACAAACUUGGGGUAGACCAGAUGGGGGGGGGGGGAUGAAAAGCAUGUAGAUUAGUUUAUGCUCUGCUUCUUUCUGUAAUUUUAGCCACCGCGCCAAAAAUUGUAGAAUUACAUUGUUAUGAAUUUGAUUUCUUUUUAUUAUUUGUGAUUGAUUGUGGGUCCAAAAACAGUCA